AAAUAAUGAAAUUAGGAUUAAGUUCGGAGCCUAUCCUCUUGAAAAAAGAAUUGGUUUUGUUGCGAAAGAAAAAGGAGAAGAAGAAUGAGUUUGGACUGCGACUGAUUUCUCUUUUGAUGAUAAUGAAAAUAAAGAGUUGGCGAUUGGUUGAGGAAUUAUCUCUAGUGAGAAAGAUAAAGAAUGAGUAA